GCCUGCUUGUUGCGUUGCACUACACUACAACUAGGCCGUGCUCCGGACACAUAUUUUCGCCCCGAGCCAAGACAGCAGCAGCCAAACUUGCACUGAGCGGGCGGGGCUGAAAAUAGCAAACCCCCACCAACCCUCCCCCCCAGUCCGACCAUGUCCGGUUCAAUUCACCCAGUCCCAGGGAUCCCCGCUGACAUCCCGCAUCCCCUGCGCCAGGAGCGUUAUGCCCUGGAUGGAGUUAAUAAACCCUCGUCCGCGAUUUCCGAGACCUCGCUGGCUCCGAAUGGAUUCCUCCCCCUGACUCUGGCGCCUCCGGACAACGGGGAUCCGAGCUCCUCGUCAUCGCCUGCAGACCUCGACGACGACGCAACUGUGACUGCGACCUCGUCGAGUGCUGCAGACGCAGCAGCAGCCCCACCAGCAGCACCUCCAGCAACCAUCACAACGACAACAACAGAGAAUCGAGAUGACGGUUUCGUCGCCGCGCCGCAAUCCACUCUGCCUAUAACAGGCGCACUGGUUCCGCCUGAUUCCGAUUUCUCUCAGCAGCAGCAGCAGAAGCAGCAACAGCAGCAACAGCAAUACUCGCCGUACAGCAGCCGCCCCGGAUCUGCUGCCACCGCCUGUCCUGCCCCCGCCCGGGGACACCGCAAGAACGUGCCCUCGACCGAGUCUGUCCCGCGACAGACCAUCUUGAAAGCACUGGCCUCGGUCGCACGCAACAACAAGCCCCAGGCCCUCUCGCUGACCGGCAUGCUGUCCGCGCACAGCGCCUCCAACGGCGCCGACGACCGGCCCGAGUCCGCCUCCUCGCAGCAGCUUUGCGACGCCCUCAACGGUCUCGCCAAGGCCCAAAAUGCCCGCUCCAUCUCCGCCGUCACCCCGACCGCCGCCUUCCCGGCGCUGCAGUCGCCCUGCUUCUACCACAACGGCUUCGAUGACGCCGUCAACCUGGACAAGGUGCUCGAGGAGAUCAAGGACGACGAGUCUAUGUCGCACUCGCGUCUGGUCCAGACGGCGCGGAGCGUGCGCGAGGUGUCGAAACAGCUCCAGCGCCGGCCCUUCAAGCGCGCCUUCAAGAACGUCAUGAUCGUGACCAAGGCCCGCGACAACCAGCUCGUCCUCCUCACCCGCGAGCUCGCCAUGUUCCUCUUGCUGACCCCCCGGUACGGCUCCGACGUUGGCGUCAACGUGUACGUGGACGCCAAGCUCCGCCACUCGAAGCGCUUCGACGCCCGGGGCAUCACCGACCUGGACCCCCGCUUCAAGGAGAUGCUCAAGUACUGGACCCCCGACCUGUGCUGGAGCCAGCCCGAAACCUUCGACCUGGUCCUGACCCUCGGCGGCGACGGCACCGUCCUCUACACCUCCUGGCUCUUCCAGCGCAUCGUGCCCCCGGUCUUGUCCUUCAGCCUGGGGAGCCUCGGCUUCCUGACCAAGUUCGAGUUUGAGCAGUACAAGGACCACCUAAACCGCGUCAUGGGCGACGAAGGCAUCCGCGUGAAUUUCCGGAUGCGCUUCACAUGUACCGUCUACCGCGACGGCAAGGGCCAGGAGGUGGAGGAGGGCGAGCAGUUCGAGGUCUUGAACGAGCUCGUCAUCGACCGCGGGCCGUCCCCCUACGUCUCCAACCUGGAGCUGUACGGCGACGACGAGCUGUUGACUGUGGUUCAGGCGGACGGCUGCAUCUUCUCGACGCCGACCGGAUCCACGGCCUACUCCCUCUCCGCGGGCGGCUCUCUCGUCCACCCCGACAUCCCCGCCAUCCUGCUAACCCCAAUCUGCCCGCACACGCUCUCGUUCCGGCCCAUGGUCCUGUCGGACACCAUGUGCCUGCGCGUGUCGGUCCCGCGCAACAGCCGCGCGACCGCUUACUGCGCCUUUGACGGCAAGGGCCGCAUCGAGCUCAAGCAGGGCGACCACGUCACCAUCACUGCCUCGCAGUACCCUUUCCCCACCGUCCUCCGCACGCCCACCGAGUGGUUCGAUAGCGUGUCGAGGACGCUGCGCUGGAACGUGCGUGCCGCCACGCAGAAGGGCUUCGACCUCGGCGGCGGCAACAAGGGGGGCAAGGCCGACGGAAACAACGGCGAGUCGGCCGACGGCAGCGAGGACGACGAGGGGUGGGACAUUGACACCGACUCGGCCUGCUACGCGAGCGAGGAGAACAGUACCGCUGCUAGUCCUCUGAGGAGGCAGAUGAGCAUGCUGGGCUUGUAGCUUUUUUCUUGUGACCCGCUUUAUUUAUUAUUUCUCUCCCCCCCUUUUUCAUCUCUUCUUCUCCUCACCUCUCCUGUCCUGAUGAUAUUGUUGGCUUCCGUUGCCAUAGAAGGGGGUGACCCCCUUAUUCCCUAUUAUAGGAUCAUAUCGGGUUCGAGGACAAGCUGGUUGGGCGGGAUUCGAGACCAUAGCGAAAGAAUCUUCAUAGCGCGGUGUAUGUGC